AUGCGACAAUGGCAUUUAACGAACGAGAUUGGGAGAGGAGGUUUUGCAGUUGUCUAUAAGUGGCUACAUCCCUCCAGAAUAUGCACAGGGACAAAAGCUGAUGUAUCUGCAUUCGGGCUACUGACAUUCGAAAUAGUGACUGGGAAAAAGAGUUGCAAUGAAGAUGAAGAUCUUCCGGGAUGGGUGGUGAUGCUACAUUAUACUGUAGCUUCUUUAAACUGGAAUAUACCGAGAACUAGGGUUUAUGCUACCAUGCUGUCGAUUCCCUCCUUGGCUGCAAGCCAUUGCGAAUGUAGGCGAUGGCGAUCGUGUGGCGCGAGCGCGAUUCGCACUACGCUUGCAUCCACCAGGCCUCAGGUUGAAAGAGUGCAAUGUGGUUGCCGCAACAGCUUUCCGGGGAAAAUCCUUGGAGUUGCCUUAGCAGCUUCUCUGUCCCUCACCUCUUGGUGGAGUCCGGCGCUUCCAAGCUUUGCAGUAACAGCAAGCAUGGAGCAGGAGAUACUCCCGAUUCCAGAGGAGUUUCCCCCGCUGCCCGAUUUUUCUUUUCCGCCAUAUGAGAUGAUUGCACUGGACAAUGGUCUUCGAGUUUUUCUUCUGGAAGAUCACGAGCUGGGACUCGUUGGUGGAAAUCUGAUUGUUAAAGGCGGUGCGAACUUAGAACCGGAAGAGAAGGUGGGACUGGCGAGAAUGACGUCUGCUGUGCAAAGAAGUGGAGGGACAGCUUCUCAUCCAACCGAUUCAUUAGAUCUGGAGCUUGAGUCCAUGGCAGCUAGGAUUGAAGCAUCGUCCAGUGGUGGAAGUAUGGGUGUCGGCUUUCGUUGCCUUGAGGAAGACCUUAAAACUGUCUUUUCCAUAUUUUCAGAUGUCGUUCAAAGGCCAACAAUGCCUCGGGAGAAGCUAGAACUUGUUCGAGGACAGCUUUUGGGAUCCAUUUCCCGCAGAAAAGAUAAUGCUGAAACUUUGGCGACUAUAGAGCUGCAAAAGCUCUUGUACGGAGAUAAAAGUGUUUAUGCGCGUCUGCCCGAGGAGAACACUGUGGGAUCUAUUUCUCGCAAUGAUCUGAUUGCGUUUCACAGCCAUGUUUUUCGACCCGACUCAGCGGUAUUAGGAAUUUGGGGUGAUUUUGACUCGUCGACAAUGAAGUCACUAAUUGAAAAAGAAUUCUCGGCGUGGAGGACUCCAGAAAACAUUAACAAGUUUUUACCAGUAAAGAACGACACCAUGCCCGAGCCUGUAACCAGCGUUUCUGAGCCAAAGGUGUUCUUGGUGGAUCGUCCCGGCCUAACUCAAGGCUACGUUCGUAUGGGGGAGCUUGGAACUACCAUUGCGGAUCCUGAUGUGUUUUCCUUGGACGUUUUGAAUGGCGUGCUAAACGGUUUUGGAGGCCUCUUAUUUGACGAGAUUCGAUCAAAAGAAGGUCUGGCGUACUCCGUAUCCGGAGGAUGGAGUCCUUCGAUCGACCACAGAGGGGCAUUCGUUGCAGGAGGGGAGACACAAGUUCAGUCGGUUCCCAGAUUUUUAAAGGCCAUCAAGACAGUUCUGAUGUCUAUUGUCGAGACACCUGUUUCUGAAGAAAAGCUGUCUCAAGCGAAAGAGGCCGCUCUAAAUUCUUUUGUUUUCAAUAUUUCAAGCAGAGAAUCGCAGCUGGGACGCAUUCUUAUCUACGAUCUAUUCGGAAUUGAUCAGAAUCUACCUUUCACGUACAAAAAAAGAGUGGAAGAAGUAACGACGGAUGAUAUUCUACAAGCCGCACGAAGGCACCUUCAUCCCGACUUGGAACCCAUCGUAGUUGUUACUGACGCUAAGGCACUGGGGCCUCAAACGCCACCUUUUGUGCCACUGCGAGGACGAUAAAAGCUACACGCAAAGUGACAAGUAUUUUAUUUUAUUCUCUA